GGGCAUAAAUAUCGAUAAAGAAACCAUAUAUUUUCUUUCCUUUGACGUUACAUGGUUGUUGAAUCUUCAUCAAUGGCAACAAAGAUUGGUAAAGAAGAGGAUGUUGAAGUCGAGCUUGAGCUAUGUCUUUCUCUAGGAGGUCCUUUCAAGAAAUCAGACAAAGCCAUCAUCAUGAGAUGCGCCAAUGAUAUUGGGGUUGAUCUUAAUGACGGGACUACAACGUAUGAGGUAAAAGAGACAGGGAAGAAGCGAGAAGCGAAGCAGCAACAGAGAAGCAGAGGAGAAGGAGGAGAGUGCAAGAGGAUCAAAACAGAAUGUAAAAAAGCUACUAACGGCGUGGAUUUGGGUUUGAGCUUCGGUGAUAUGGGUAACGGGUACGGGUCGGGUCGAUAUAAGGAGAAUAGCAAAGACGUUACAAUUGGGUCACCCAUUAGCAGCACGUCCGACGUUUCCGAUCCCAGCAGCUCUCCAUGCCAAGAAGGUGGAACUAGCGAACUUGGGGAAAAUCCAGAUCAAACAAAACCGGUUAGAUUUCCGGUUAACAACACUCUAACCGGUACAGAGGGAACCGUGCGGAUCACGGACGGUCCAAACGAUGCGGUGGUAGAGGAGACGCAAGAAUGUUCCAACUCUAUAGCAAAAGAAACUGGAAAGCCUCCAAAACCACGUCCAAAUAGCAACGGAGUUAACGGCAGUUUGCUUCCGUUUGCUAAGAUGCCGUGCGUGACUAGCACCGGUAACGGACCCGAUGGCAAAACUGUAAAUGGGUUUCUGUAUCGGUACUCAAAAUCAGAGAUCAGUAUAAUCUGUGUCUGCCACGGAACGUCAUUCUCGCCAGCUGAGUUCAUUCUCCACGCCGGUGGGACCCAUGUCCCGAAUCCGUUAAGACAUAUAACUGUUGUUCCGUCAACGUUCUAAAACUUUUAUUUUUCUCUUCUUGUUGUUACCUUAAGGUUUGUGUAUAUGUUUAGCUGAUGGUCUUUUUGAGUUCAGGGGAUUCUUUAUUGGUGAUA